UUUAUUUAUUCGCAUCAGCGACACCAUGUGGCAGGAUAUGGCAGGGACCACAGAAACUAUGCUUGAAAAUGAGAGAGAUCUUUAUCAUGCUAAUAUCAAACUAGGAAAUUGUUUCAUCAUCUAUAUGGAGCCGUUAACAUAUUCAGCUAUUGUUAGUGCCCAAGACCGUUAUCAUGCCCUGGUAAACCCAAGUCCAUUGAUGUUACUGAAUGUAAACAUACCUGACACAAAGAUUUACCUAAAACUUGAAAACCUACAAGCGAUCGGCUCAUUUAAAUUGCGUGGGGCAAUCAAUGCCAUAUGCAAGCUUACACCUGAGCAAAAGAGAGAAGGUGUUUGGACAGCUAGCAAAGGCAAUUUUGCUCGAGGACUUGCAUGGGCAUGUUCCCAGGAAAAGAUUCCAUGCAAGGUUGUGGUACCCCAUUCUGCACCAGCUGCGAAAAUCCAACCAGCGAUAGACCUCGGAGUUGAAGUUAUUAGGGUACCGGUUUCGUUGGAAGAAUGGAUGGGAAUCAUUUUCGAUGGAAAUUUAUGUGAACGUGUGACUGGUACCUUCAUUCACCCCUCUUUUGCAACUGACUGCAUAGCAGGUAAUGGUGUUAUUGGUCUGGAGAUCUUGGACACGCUUCCUGAGGUGGAUUCUAUUGUGAUACCAUUCGGUGGCGGAGGCCUUACCCACGGCAUUUCGACAGCCGUUAAGCACAGAAAGCCGGAGGUGCAAAUCUAUGCUGCAGAGGUGGAGGGUGCUGCUCCACUGAAGGCUUCCCUUUCUGAAGGGAACACUGUUUUCAUCGACUGCCAUCACAGCUUCGUAGAUGGAAUCGGAAGUCGAACCGUUUCAGAGGAGAUAUUUCGAGAAGUCAGGAAGGUUGUGAAAGACUCCAUAGUUGUUUCACCAAAGGAAGUCGCAGUUGCUCUGCGCUUACUGGUUGAAAACAGUCAUGUGGUCGCCGAAGGAGCUGGGGCGGCAUCUGUAGCAGCCGCCAUGACAGGCAUGGCAGGAAAAGGCAACAUAGUGUGCAUUGUAACUGGAGGCUGCAUCGAUACUGACGUCUUGGUAAAAAUACUGCAAGGUGAACUGCCUUCGUGAGUGAGAUAUAAAGUAUUUUUAUAACAUGAUAAUGAUUUUCAGUAUUCUCUGUAGAUCUAGGGCAUAGUAAAACUUUAUAAUAUUUCCAUAAUGCUAACAAUACUGCCAGUGUCUUACACACAGUGGUGGCAUAUGUUUACUAAGCCUUAGAAAGGUUACUUUGACUUGACUGUUUCACACUGAUUUUUUGGUCAGAAAAUAUGAAAAAUUACAAUAUGGAAAAUAUUUUUUAAUGUAAGGGAUAAAAAUAGGUAUAUCUAUUUCUGUAAGAACUAGAUUUUACACAUUGGUGCUGCUUUGAUUAUAUCUGUAAAUAAAAUCACAAUAUAUUUUGCA